CUUCUUGGCACAAUGCACUGAGUGUGACAGUGUGAUUUCAGCUGCACUGAAGGAGGAUUUCACAGGCUGUGUGUGAGGGGGUAAAAGGACCAAACUGAUCAUUAGCUUGUCUUUUUUUUCACACCUUGUCUGGCCUUCUUGUACACCCCCCCACCUUAGGAUAUUGUCUCUUGAGUCCCCACUGCAAUCCCUUUCCCUUGAUUACUGGCUGCACUCAUCCCCACAGCCGACCUGGGCUCGGGCCGUGGGGGCUGCUCGGCGCGCCUUGGCUGAGAUUUGCAACCCGACAUGCGCGAACAUAAAACCGGCGUUCGUGGGGCUCGGUGGUCCCAAACGCCGCGGAGUGGCUAUAAUGGCUGGAUGUUGUGCUUGUGGCUGGUUGUGGCCGGGCUGGAGGUGGGCUCCGGAGACCUGCGGCUAUCCGCCGAGCCAUGCCCGUCCUCUUGCGCCUGCAGCAACACCAGGAUCUCGUGCGUGGACCCGGAGAGGGGCAUCGCCACCUUUCCCACCCUGCAGAGCGAGGCGGAGAUGGAGAACAUCACGGACAUCUACAUUGCCAACCAGAGCAGCUUCUCGUCCAUCAGCGACAAGGACCUGCACUACUACAAGAACCUCAGGAACCUAACGGUGACCAACAGCAGGCUGACCUACGUCUCCAAGCUGGCCUUUCAGAACAACGUCAAAUUACAAUAUCUGAAUCUGAAAGACAACAACUUGUCAUCAUUAUCCUGGACCAUAUUCCGACACCUCAACAUCUCCUACAUGAUCCUGACAGGAAACCCACUGCACUGUUCCUGUGAGAACAUGUGGAUCAAGCUGUGGCUGGGAGAGGAGGCGGACACCCAGGAACUGCGCUGCAUCGAGGACGGUGGAGGACGCAGCCUGCUGUCCAGACUCAGACUUGCCAACUGCGAGCUUCCCAUGGCGACACUGACGGCGUCCAAAGUGACCGUCAAGGAGGGUGAGAACAUGCAGCUGUCCUGCACCACCUCCGGAGUUCCCUCGCCCGACCUCAUUUGGAACAUGACGCUGGUCACAAACUACGAGAUCGCGACAGCAGGUCAGAUCUCCACCCUAUGGUUGUCCAACUUGUCAUCGUUGGACCAUAACAGUAAGAUCAGCUGCACCGCACAGAACAUCGUCGGCGAGAAAGAAUCCUCGCUGCUCUUGGACAUACUCUUUCCUCCGAAUAUCACCAAGCUGAGUGAUGCCAUCUCAGACCACCACUGGUGCAUUCCCUUUAGUGUCGCAGGCAACCCCGAACCUCACAUGCAGUGGUUUCUGAACGGCAAAGCGGUGAUGGAGGACAAAUUCAUCAAGACCAUGAUCUAUGAGGUGACCGAACGCGAGUAUCACGGCUGCCUGCAGCUGGACAGCCCCACCCACCUCAACAACGGCCUCUACACGCUAUUGGCCAAGAACGACUACGGAACAGACCAGAAGCGGGUCGAGGCCCACUUUAUGCAUAAACCCUGGGACGGUGAGGACCCACACUUGACAGGAACUGACAAAGAUUCGUACUACUACGACUUCCCCAUAGAUGGACCCACUUCAGACCCGCCAGAAGACAGAGUCGCAGUGUAUGUGGUGGUGGGCAUCGCUGCCGUCGCCUUCUUCGGUUUCCUGAUUAUGUUGGCCAUUCUCAAGUUUGGCGGAAACUCCAAGUUUGGCAUCAAAGGACCGUCCUCGGUCAUCAGCAAUGACGACGACUCUGCCUCGCCCCUCCACCACGUCUCCAAUGGCAGUAACACGCCAUCCUCCUCUGAGAUGGGGCCUGACGCCGUAAUCAUCGGCAUGACGAAGAUCCCCGUCAUCGAGAACCCACAAUACUUCAGGAGCUCCAACAGCUUGCUCAAGACAGACACCUUCGUCCACCACAUCAAGAGGCACAACAUCGUGUUGAAAAGGGAACUGGGAGAGGGAGCCUUUGGCAAAGUCUUCCUCGCCGAGUGUUACAACUUGUCACCUGACCAGGAGAAGAUACUGGUGGCUGUCAAGACACUUAAAGAGGCUAGCGAAAAUGCUCGCAAGGACUUCCACCGCGAGGCCGAGCUCCUGACCAACCUCCAGCACGAGCACAUCGUCACCUUCUACGGCGUGUGCGUGGAGAGCGACCCCCUCAUCAUGGUGUUCGAGUACAUGAAACACGGAGACCUCAACAAGUUUCUCAGGGCUCACGGUCCAGAUGCAGUUCUGAUGGCAGAAGGCCAGACCACCAGACCAGUGGAGCUGACUCAGUCGCAAAUGCUGCACAUCGCCCAGCAGAUAGCGUCCGGAAUGGUCUACUUGGCAUCACAACACUUUGUGCACCGCGACCUGGCCACCAGGAACUGCUUGGUGGGCGAAAACCUGCUGGUGAAAAUCGGAGACUUUGGGAUGUCCAGAGACGUGUACAGCACUGACUACUACAGGGUAGGUGUGGGAGGUCACACCAUGUUGCCAAUCCGCUGGAUGCCGCCUGAGAGCAUCAUGUACAGGAAGUUCACCACGGAGAGCGAUGUCUGGAGUCUGGGUGUGGUCCUCUGGGAGAUCUUCACCUAUGGCAAACAACCCUGGUACCAGCUCUCCAAUAACGAGGUGAUCGAGUGCAUCACCCAAGGCAGGGUGCUGCAGCGCCCCAGGACCUGCCCCAAAGAGGUCUACAACCUCAUGCUGGGCUGCUGGCAGAGAGAGCCCCACAUGAGACUCAACAUUAAGGAGAUCCACGGCCUGCUCCUCAACCUGGCUAAAGCCUCGCCCGUCUAUUUGGAUAUACUGGGAUGAAGGCGGAGGAAAAUGCAAGGUGUCGCUGUACAGGAUGUGAAAACAACUUUUAAAGGCAAUCAAAAAAGAAAAAAGAAAAAGAAAAGAUGAAUCUUUAAACACCUCCUUCCAAUGUUUCCCUUCUCAUCUUUCCUGAAAAAAAGGGGAAAAGAUCCUUUUGAACGCUUUGCUGAGUGACUCAUUUCAACAGGGAAUGCUUCUUGGAGCUUUUCCAUGUAAAUAUGAAACUGUAUGAAGGUUGCUGUUUUUUGGGGAGGAUUUGGCUCCAUGCGAUAUGGAGCGCAAAUGACGCCGUUACCGCUUCCUCUCUGUUAAUUAGCUCCUCCUGCACACACACACACACGCACAGAUAAACGGGAGCAUAUACACACCAACACACGCUCAUUGACUAACACCAUUUCAUCGUUCAGUGGCGGCCCACAAGGAAGGUUGAUAAAGGAUGGAUAUUUCGACAAAUUUCCUUGGUCGAAUAUUGGCAAAGUAACUUAUUAUUUAUUUAUUGAAUGACAUUAAUAUUUAAAAAAAAGCUGUUCAUAUUUUAAAUUGUAUAUAUUUUUAUGAAUUUUAUUUAUAUUUAAUUACUCCAUUAAUUUGACCCUUAUCUAGUGUUGAUCUAAACACUCUCCCAACAAAGUGCACUGAAUGAAAUAACGUUGGUCAACAGGGAGAGGCUUUGUGAAUCCCUCAACAUUAUUUUGGACACAAGUUCAAAAAUAUCUUUACUUUUUUUGUAGCACAUCCGGGCUUUGAGAUAUUUUCAUAUUUUAUUUUGAAAUUUGACCUUGUUUGAGCUUGUGCAACACAUAUUUGUCCAUGCACAGGUGCCGUGGAAAAGUAUUUGGCCCCUUCCUGAUUUCUGCAUUUUGUAUUUCCUUGGGUUCUCUCUGUGUGAUAUUAAAAGUGGUGUGAUGAACUGAAAUCUUUGCGUGUGAUAAAUAUGCAAAGAACACAGAAAUCAGGGAGGGGCAAAUACUUUUUCACGGCACUCUAAUUUAUAUAUGAUGUUGCAGAAAAAAAAAAUCCACCUGGUUCAGAACCCACCUAACCCUUAAUGCAUGUUUUUAUAGAUUACAUAAUAUUAUUAUUAUUAUUAAUGUUUUGUUAUUAUUAUUAUGAUUACAAAUAAUAAUAAUAAUAAUCGUCGCAUUUGUGUUAUUUAAAAUCGGAUGUGCUCAAGAAAAAAGAAGGGCAGAUUCUGCAUCAACGCAAAAUAUAAUCUAGAGAAGUUUACUUGCAUCUCUGAUUAAAAACUCAUUUGGCAAGUAACUGUCAUUUAUUUAAUUAAAUGUAAUGUUUAUGUUUAAUUUAUUAGAUUCUAUAUUUAAUUAAUUGUCGUAAUUGUUCUCAUUUUUGUAUUUAUUUGAUUACUGCUACUUAUUUAUUGUGUUUUUUAAUUGAUAACUGAAAUCACAAAUUCCUGAAGAAAUAAAAUUGAAGUUGGAUGCAAAAAUUCAACUUUGAAAAGGCCGAACAGACAGAAUAAGAACCUGAGGCUCAGAGCGAAACCAUUUUGGACUCUUCUUGAUCAAGUAAAAGCUCGCCGACGUGUUGACUCGCUAAUACCGCUGAGGCGGUGCAGUCGUAGCGAUGUGCUAUUUGCCAGCCGGGGGAACCUCACUCCAUUCAAUUUCUGCCAACCUCCAAUCUACUUCUGCGUUUAUCCAGUCCUGCAAUAUUUAUCUGAACUUUUUUCUUUUUUCUUUUAUUUUUUUUUUCACUUCUCUCCUAUUCUUGUUUUUGAUCUCUAUAGCAGGCUCAAACUAAAUAGAUGGAUUUCGGAGGGCCAUCCCCAAUUGUUAAUCUUUUAAAAAGCAUGACCGGGCUUGCUGUGCAACAUUAGAGCUUUUUUAAUAAGGUGUAACACGAUGACCAUCCAAAGCCUCCGCCCCCACCUCCCUCCCCCCACACUUUGAAAAGUAACAGAUGCUUCAAUUUUGCUGUGUCGGGGGGUCGAUUGAUUGACAUGGUUGCCUCACGUUCAUGGCUAUUAGUUUCAAAGGGGGUCGUUGUAGAUGGACCUCUGAAUACAAAACCUCAGAGGAAAUGUUCCUAAUAUACGAUAAUGCACAUUAUUAUAGGGAAGAGAUGUAAUUCCAUUGAGCUCCUCAUUAGUUUAGCCUCUUAACAAUGAAAUAUUUUGUACUGAGCAAACACGAACCUGAGACUUAAGAGCUAAACCUCACAACUGCCAAUAUCCUCCCUUAUAACUCUGCGCUUGUCAACUAGUGAAAAAACAUCCUGAUGACAAGAAGCUAGAACACAUUUUCCCAAGUUUAACCCUUUAGUGCACCAAUAAUGAUAACCUGUGACCUGAUAACAUGAUAAGCUGUCCACUGUAAUGACCGUUGUUCCCGAAAGGGUUCAGGGAAAGAGCUAACUUUGCCAGCAUGGGGAACUUCACUCCCUUCACCUUCCAUCAGCUUGGAUAUUUUUUUAUUUGUUUUACAAAAUUCAAAAUGUACCACCGUUCCCGCUAGUUCUUGUCGAUUUGCCAUUUCUAUGGCAGCACAUAUAGCAGCAAAGAUUUGUUUGUUGCGACCACUUUUGCCAAGAUAACUAAAGCUUAACUCUUACAUUUAAAUUGUUGUUGUUGUUUUUUUUUUAAUACAUUUUGUCAGCUUUCUGUUUUACAGUCUAACAAAUCUUUGCCACCCCUUUCUCUGCGCAGUUAAAUACGUGGCAGGUGCGGUUCUUCUGGUCAACUCAUAUUAAAUGCUCAGGCCUCUUAGCACUCAGACAUGCUUCAAAACUGUGAGUGUGUGUGUGAGUGUGUGUGUUACACAAACUGUUUACCUUCUCCCGCUGUCCCUCCAUCUUUACACACACACACACUCACUGAAAGACACUCACAACGGUCCGAGGAGGAAAUUGAAUUGUGCAUGUUUUAUUAUUUGAGCGCUGCAGUCCUCUGUAAUGGUGUAAUGUAUAUUUCAUUACGGGGGGCCUAAUGGGCUCCAUUAGCGCGGGCCUCCUCGCAGACAUUCAAGACUUAUUGUUUUAUGGCACAGGAGAAAAGGGGGGAAAGGACGACAGAGAGGGAUGAGGAGACGUGGUGUGGCAAUGGGAGAGAGGAGUCGAGGGCUUGGGAGGAAAAGGUUGCAGGCGUGACGGUGUAGUAGACGACUAAAGGUGGGGUGUCGCCUCGGGAUAGUGACCGUCCUCGAGGAGUCGGUGAGAGUGAGCAUCCAUCAUUUUGCAACACAGUCACUACACACCAGGAGUGGGAAAAGCAUUUAUCAUUUGGGUUGUUUUUUUUUCCCUGUCCUUUUGAGUUGCUUUAUGUCUGAACUGUUUUUUCAUGGUACAGAGGAGUUUGAUACACAGUAAACCAGGCUUUACACGGUCAGGAUUUUGGAGUAGUCGCUGAGGGUGUCUUGGUACACUCGCCUGACUUGUGCGCGGGCUUCGUGGGAUCAAAUCCCACUGAGUGACGAUGUGUAUGUGGGUGUGAAGGGUUGUUUGUCUCUGUGUGCCCUGCGACUGACUGGCGACCAGUUCAGGGUGUAGUCUGCCUUCUGCCUGAAGUCAGCUGGAAUAGGCUGGAUAGAUUUUGGAGUAGAUCUCCAAUCAUCAAUCAGCGAGUUUGAAAAAGAAAACGAGAACCAAUCACCAAUCAAUAACCGAUCAAAAGUCCGCGAAAAACCAACGGUCAUAUAUAAUUCACGUCCCCAAAAAUGAUUUGAAAAUAUUGAAUAAAAAAACAACUGGACAUGCUGAGAAAACUUGGAUUAACGAUGGCAGCAUGGAAUAUCUCCGGAAUGAGGAAGAUUGUGUGUGUUGUAAGGUCUUAAUUUUGAUGAAAGCGGUCUCAAAUAGAAUAUGGGCCAGCAUGUGAUUGGCUGGCGACCAGUUCAGGGGGUAUCCACAUCAACUGGGAUCGGCUUUCGCUCAUCCUUUACCCUAAUGAGGUCAAGCGCUAUCAAAAAUAUCUGGUGGACAGAACAGGACAGGAGUAGUGAGACAGGCAGUGAUUAGUGGUGGUUGGGGCGGGGGUAAAUAUUAAUUUAAUUCAUUGAUCUCAUUAAAUCAUUCAUUUACUCGUACACUUUGAAUUGCUAGUAAAAUGAACAUUUCACUCUACCUUUAGCACUUUCUUUUUUUUCGAUUCAAAUAUUCGUAACUACUCAAAAAAACAAUAUUAAAAAAGAAAGCUGUGCGUGUGCCCAUUCCUGCUACACGCACACGCACACACACAAAUUUACAUACAUACACGUCGCCUGCAUGCUACAACGAGAGUCACGCUGUAAAUACAACAUGCAUGAGAGGAGUUUUUUUUUAAUUAUGUUAUAAUAAAGGGUAAAAAAAAAGCAUCAAAUCAUAACCUCAGGCAUUUGGUGUCCAGAACCCUUCAUUGUAACAACAAUAAUAAUAAUGUUGAUAAAAAUGAUUGUAUGAUGUGGAAUUAGAGGUCUGACUUCAUUUAAUGACAAGGGCACUUGAUGCUAUUGAUGUUUGUGUACUUAACUGGAUGAAUUGUUUCACUGGGUUGAUUUGUCGUCAUUUGGUACAUCGUCCUCUAUACGUAUAUGCCGAUACCGUCCAUGAGUAAGAUUGGCCAAGACUGAUCCUGAUCACAUGUAUCAGCUGCACAUUUUUCACUUUCAGAGAAAUGAUCAAUUUAACAGUUGAUGAAUUAGUCAAUUAUUUCCUUGUUUCAUUGAUUAAUCAGAUUGGAAAAAAACUAAAUCCAUCCAAAUUUCCAUUCUCUACUUGUACAACGUACAAAAAAACCAGGACAUUAUUUCAAAUUGACGUACUGCAAAGUACGAGCUGCGGGUGAUCAGUUUUGUGAUCAGCAGUAAAAUAUAUCAAUAUAUAUGAUGUAUAUUCCACAGAAAUCAACCGAUCGGUGGCUGAUCGAUCAGAGCCCCACUGAUAUAUGUAUACUGUAUACUGUAUACUGUCUUUGUUUUCCACGGUUGCCUUUUGCAGCCCUAAGAACUGAUGUUUUUCAAGGUGGUCGAGCGUUAAAGAUACUCCGCACAACCACUCUGGGCAAUAAUGCAGAAGGCAGAGUGGAUGCUUGGGUUUAAAAAAAAAAAAGAACAAAUCUCCCCCAGCUUUCCAUAAAAAGAAAAAUCAGAUACAAUACAAUACAUGCUGAUUUAUAUAGCCAACACUGCUUUGUUACUCAAGCCAAAUGUAAAAGUGUAAAGUCCAGCGGCAGUGUUUCGCUUAUUUGUCCUUUGGUGAGCAAGAUUUUGGUAUUCAUACCAAAAAAAAACGUGGAUGGAGGAAUUUAUUUUUCUUAUUUUGUCAUUUUGUUGACUCAAAGUAGACUGUUCCCCGUCCCACAAAGUACCGGUAUGUGGAUGGUAGAGUUUUAUCUGGUCGAGUCCAAAUGAAUAAUGUCUUGGGUCGUUUCCAUUAACCAGGAUUUCGUUUUGGUAACUAAAAAAAUUCAUGAUUUUUUUUUUGCACUUUUUCUUUUUUUUUAAGUGAUAAUGUAAGCGUUGCCCCCUCCUUAGAAUCAAAAUAGUAUGGUUGCAUCACCUCUCAUGCUGUUUUUCCACUGUUUUACUUUUUUUAGGAUUUGGGGGGGUGUAGUCAUUAUGCAACUGUCAAUCCCUACCCUACAGAACCCCCCCCCCCCAAUUUAUUUCCACUUCAGUUUGUUAAUGCUUAUUAUUUUCAAGAUGGUCUGCCAACUUACAAACUCCAUUGAUAUUAUCACAGGUUUAACCACGUUAAUCAAAACAGAAGUGCUCCGCCCCAGAAUUAAAAAUGGUUCAGUCCUAUCAUUUCCAAUCCACGAAGUAGCCUCCCAACGAACAAACAUAAAUACUGAACACUCCAAUGUUUUCACUUUUGUUUUAGGAAUUAUUUUGUCUCUUUUUUUUUUUUUGCAAAGUGUUCCCCCUGAUAAAAACAUGUUAGAAGUGUUUCCCUGUCACCUUGGAUCAAGAAAUGGCCCGCUCCUGUCCUGAACCAGGACAGGAGCCUGCCAGCCUGCAAACGAACACCCACUAACGUGACGCCCCCGGAUUUCCCCCCACCCUGUUUCACUUUCGUGGACUGUCCAGCCUUGGUGCAGGUCUGUACUUUACUGAGUGACAUGAUGGUUUGAAUUGUUUUGAACAGUCAAAUUGACAAGGGGAUCAGUGGAGUUGUGUUUUGACUCAAGAAAAACUGAGCUGAGAUUACUGCUGAGAGAGUGACAAUCAACAACUUUGGACUUUCGCUCUUCUUUAAGUGACCUAUUGUACCAUAGACUCCUUUUCACUUCUAUGCUGCCUAUACUGUACGUGUGUGUCUCUAGAAGUGCUUCUUUUUCUUCUGUUUUUUUGUAAAAGGGAAAAUCAAAGUGGUGAGGAAUAAACAACAACAAAAACACGUGUAUAAAUGUGAAUAAGCUGCUGAAAGAAA